GGGGGCUGGAGGCGGAGGCGGAGGCAGAGGAGCCCCAUUAUAAAUCGCAGCAGAGCUCAGGCGGCCAGGGGACAAGCACUGAGCUUCGACAAGGGCCCCUGCCGCCUGCCUGGUGCCCCUGGACCCCCACCCGCCCCAGCCAUGGGUCUUCCGCCUCUCUCGUGGCUGUCCUGCUUGGCUGUCCUCUGCCAUUUGGUUGUGCUGCUAGCCGGACAGCAACACGGUGUGAACAAGUGUAACUUCUCCUGCAACAAAAUGACCCAGAAGAUUCCCGUGUCUCGUCUAGUCGGCUACCAACGAAAUCGGGAGUCCUGCAAUGAUGGAGCUGUCAUCCUGAAGACUGUGAAGGGUAAAUCAUUCUGUGCUGACCCAAAGGAGGAAUGGGUCCAGAAAGCCAUGAAGCAACUAGACCAGAAGGCUGCUGUGACUCAAAAGAGCGGCACAUUCGAGAGGCAAAUCGGUGAGGGUGAGCCCAGGACCCCCCUGGGCGCCAGAGAGAUGUACUGGUCUGCUGCCUCAGAGGUGAACUUCACAGGCGAAAGCAGUGGUCUAGGGGCAGAGAGUGCCUUGGGGACUUCUCCAGGAGUGGCUGGUUCCAUGGGGACCAGGUCCUCCUCCACUUCAAAAGCUCCAGAUGGAGGGACUCAGAAAACUGAGCUUAUCAACAAGGCUGCCAUCACCACCACCACGUCUUGGCAGAGUUCUGCUGCCGACCAACCUGAGGCAGGCCUCUGGACUGAGGGGAAAGCCUCUGAGGCCGCCUCCACCCUGGUCCCCUCCACCCAGACCCUCCCCACCCCAGUCCCCUCCACCCAGGCCCCCUCCACCCAGACCCUCCCCACCCCGGUCCCCUCCACCCAGACCCUCCCCACCCUGGUCCCCUCCACCCAGGCCCCCUCCACCCAGGCCCCCUCCACCCAGACCCUCCCCACCAAGACCCUCCCCACCCAGACCCUCUCCACCCCGGUCUCCUCCACCCAGGCCCUCCCCUCCCUGGUCCCCUCCACCCCGGUCCCCUCCACCCAGGCCCUGACUCUUUCCCACGCUGUCUUAAAGGACAGCAGUGGGCCUGGAAGCCUAACUGUGGGAAUCAAGGUACAGGACUCAUCAAAGAACUCUCUAGGGUCCAAAGAAACAAGUCCCUCUUCAGCUCACACAGAGGCCUUCCUGGGGUUGGCCACUGUGUCCAGAGUCUUUGAGGUCACUAUAGCCUCUGAAGGGACCCCCAGCAUGGAUGCACUGGCCUCGGGCAGCUGGGCCCCCGAGACUGAGGAGCUCCCCAAGGCCAAGGAGCCCGUUCUCACCACCGCAGGCCCCCAGAGUCUGGGCAUCCUUAUGACGUCCGUGCCUGACUCCCAGGUGGCCACGCGAAGGCAGGCCGUAGGGCUGUUGGCCUUCCUCGGUCUCCUCUUCUGCCUGGGGGUGGGCAUGUUUGCCUACCAGAGACUGCAGAGCUGCCCCCGCAAGAUGGUGGGGGAUGUGGUGGAAGGGAUCUGCUAUGUCCCCCGGAGCUGUGGCAGUAACUCAUAUGUCCUGGUGCCAGUGUGAGAUCCCCUCCUGCCUGCGUCCGUCCAGUCAUUCAACUCAGCGGCCCGGGGUCCCCCAUCCUCACACUUUCCCUCACCCAAGAGCCUGGCCCAAGCUGGGAUGGUUGAAGCAAGGAGGAGAGGCCAUCUGGGUGGGUCUGCUCCCAGCGCCUGGAGGCCACCCUUGACCAUUCAUGACCUACUGUGGACAGAGCAGGUGGCCUCCCCAGCUCACUCCAAUGUCCCAAGACAAAAAAACGCCCCUCUGCUGUUGGCUGGUUAGAGGGUCCGUUAGAUACCAUGCCAGCCUCUGUGAACAAGUAUUUCCUGAAUGCCCGGCCCCUUUAACCCACUUCCCCUGUGUUACCGCGGGCAUCCCAUUUCGCAAACGAGCCUUGGUCAGGCCUCCCCUGCCCACUGCCCCAGACCUCGUCGCGUCUCUUGGUCCCGCUGCGGUCGCCAGCCACCCCGGCCACCUGCGGUGCUAGUUUUCCAUGGGCCCUGUACAGACCCCAUGCCCCAGGCGGGGACCUGUCUUUUCUUGCAUGAAGUUAGUGUGGUGUUUCCUGGGACUGCUCCCAGCGAAGGUUCUGCCCUUGGGCAGGUAUUUUGGGAAUGAGAGAUGAAGUAAUCUGCUGGCUUGGAUUCCACCCCCACCCCCCACCUCCGCACCUGUGAAGGAACAUUGACUAUGAAUGUGAAGGCUGGGAGUUUAGUCCCAGGCCCUCACCCAUCCAUCAAGACAUUCAUCCCCCUGGUGUCUCAUCUGUGAAAGGGAAGAGGGAUGGUAGAUAUGUGGCAAUAACGGCUAUCCCUGUCAGGUAUCACUAGUUGAUCCAGAGACCCCUUUCUGCAGACCCUGGAUACAGCUUCUCAACCUUCAGCAGUAGAGAUGCUCUCAACCAUCGAUGAGACAGGCACAUCCAUGGAUGCUGUGACCAGGAGGUCCUGCCCCCACCCUACCCCUCCACAACUUGUGACAGCCUACCAGGUCACAAGUGACAGGCUGUAGGAGGAGCAGAGGCCUGCAGGCUCCCAGAAAGGAGCCAGGGAGCAGCCGCAGGCAGUAGCCAUGCCCUUUCCUCCGCUUCUUCCUGAAGGACCCGAGUCCAGCAUUUUCUCUUUCUUUUCUGUGGCCUGGUUUCCUCUUCCACCUCUCACUCCUUGAAAACACUGUCCUCUGCACUCUGAGUUCUUCCUGCCUCCCCUUCGCCCCCACCACAGGCAGAGCCAGGAAUUUCCAUAAGAUCAGAGUCCACCAUGGAAACCUGAGGUUCCCGUGUUUACUUCUGAAAGGGACUCUGUCCUGUGGGGAGAGAUGGGCAGGGGAGGGGAAGUUGUGGGCAUGACGUCAGAGGUUCCCUUUUAGGCACUGGAGGCUUGGGCAGGACUGGGUGGGGCUGAAGGCUCUCUGGACUGGCCAGCACCCCGCCAUCAGAGCUGGACCUGCAAGUCCCACCCUUCAGGGUCUCUGGUGGCAGCUCCCCACCUCCCUCUGAUGGUCUCUGAAAGUGUUCUUUGCACUCCACUAGAGGAGCCUCCCACGGGCCAGGCUCUUCCAUGUACAAAUGGUAUGCUCCUUUGCAGAUAGAUGCUGAGAGAGUGCACAGGCGGCUCUGGUCCAGAGAGAGGGAAGCCAGCUUUCCCUGUCUGCCUGGCCCUCCUCGAUGCCCGUGAGGGUCUGGCUCGGGUUGGGGGCACUCUGACCUCAGAGAGGAGGACAGCAGAUCUGAAUGCACUUUUUGGGUUCUUCUUGAUGGGGAACCUUCAAGGGAUGGGGCUCCUGUGAUGGGGCUCCCACCUGUGAUAAUGCGGCUGGGGACAACGGUCCCCCUUCCACAGACUUUGUGAGGUCCUCUGGAGAAGGACAGGGAUAAAGACAAUUUGGGGAGGGCUUUGGAAGGAGUUGGUUGAUCAUUUUGCUUUUCCAACCCUAUCGCCAAUGUCUGUGCCAUUUUAUAUUUUACUAAUAAAAUUGAAAAGUUUUGUGGGUCCAA